UUUGCGGUCCAGGAUCCCGAGGCGAGAGCUGGGGUAUGCCUCACGCGGCAGUCAGGUACACACUGACGACUACAGUGCAGUAGUCGUUGGGAUAUAAGAGGGCGGUUACGCAGCAGUCCUGACGGCUUAUCCGCUCCUUGAGAUCAACAUUCGUUACUUGAACAUAAUACUGCCCACCACUCAACUGGGUUUAUUCCUCACCUCUGCCAACAUGACGGCACCUAACAAAAGAACGGCCUACGAAUGCUUAAUUCACAACUUGAUCGAGGAGCACACUGAGCAGCAGCCAGAGGCCGAAGCUGUAUGCUCAUCUAAUGAUGAUACCCUGACCUACCGCGGGCUUAGCAAUGCCUCCCGGCGGUUGGCACAUCACAUCGUCGCACUCGGCGUCGAGCCAGAAAUGGUCGUGCCGCUAUGUUUCGAGAAAUCCAUCUGGACAGUUGUCGCUAUAGUAGCAGUCUUAAGGGCCGGAGCCGCUUUUGUGCUUCUGGACCCAGCCCACCCCACCGACAGGCUCAAAACUAUAAUCUACAAAACAAAAGCAAAGAUCGCAAUAACGUCCCCGUCGUCGUUCGAGCGCUUGUCGCAGCUGGUGCCAACGGCACUAAGUUUGGACAGACAGGCCAUCGAACGACUGGACGCGGCAACCGCGACGAGCGACCCAGUAACGGGCGUGAAACCGGAGAAUGCUGCGUACGUGGUAUACACGAGCGGGAGCACGGGGCAGCCGAAAGGUGCGCUGAUCGAGCACGGCUCGUUUUGCAGCGGGGCACUGGGGCACGCGCGGGCGAUGCACAUGGACACGACCACGCGCGUCGUUCAAUUCGCAUCCUACAACUUCGAUGCGUCCAUCACUGAGAUGUUGACGACGCUGGUCGUCGGCGGCACAGUCUGCGUCAUCGCCGAGGCGGAGCGGCUCGACCCGUCGGUCUUCGCUGCCGCCGCCACCACGAUGCGCGCCAACUUUGCGCUGUUGACGGCCUCAUUUAUUAACGCCCUGCCGGCUGAAGCGCUGGCUGGGCUCAAGACACUGGUGCAGGGUGGAGAGGCGCUUCCGGAAGCCACGUUAAACCGUUGGGUCGAUAAAGUCACUCUCAUGAAUGCCUACGGUCAAGUUGAGGCCUCGGUCGUCUCGACGUGCACGGCCCCGAUCAACCGGCAGUCAAACGGUCGGAGCAUCGGCAAGGCCAUCGCGGGACGCUGCUGGGUCGUCGACCCGGACGAUGCCGACAGGCGGACCGCGCAGGGUGAGAUUGGCGAGUUGUUGGUCGAAGGACCACAUGUCGGCCGCGGCUAUGUGGAUGAGCCGGCCAAGACGGCAGCGGUCUUCAUCCCGCGCCCGAUCUGGCACGCCCGCAUGUUCCCGACCGAGAGCGAUCCCCGCGCGCUCCGUUUCUACAGGACGGGUGAUUUGGUCGUCGAGGAGGCUGAUGGCAGCUUCACGUUUGCUGGUCGCAAGGAUGAGCAGGUCAAGGUCAACGGUCAACGCAUCGAGCUCGGCGAGAUCGAGCACCAGUUUAAACUGGCGAUGCAGCCGCCGCGUGACAUGAUCGUCGAGCUUGUCAAGCGCAAGGCAAACGGUGUGCUACGCGGUAUCCUCGUCGCCUUUAUCGCCAUGGAAGAUGACUGGAGCAACGACAACCCCGCUGCCGCUCAGCGCCUUUUGGACGCCGAGAUGGCGGCCACCGAAACCAGAGUCCGCUCCGUCCUUCCCCGCUUCAUGAUACCGGCGUCUUUCCUAGCCAUUCACCAAAUUCCAGUCACCAUCAACGGCAAGGUGGACCGCAAGGCUCUUCGCGCUUUAGGCGAAGCGCGUUUGACGAAACGUCACACCCGGCGCAGUUCCAAUGAAGCGAAGAAGCGAGACAGCGACGCGUCCGAGGCUGAGACUGAGGUCCGCCGUAUCUGGAGCGCCGUCCUGAAUGUCCCUGAAGACGACAUCAGCCGUACCAGCGUCUUCCAGAGCCUGGGAGGUGACUCUAUUUCCGCGAUGCAGGUCGUCUCGCAGGCGGCUACUCGCGGUAUUCGUCUCACUGUUCAGCGCAUCCUUCAAAAGAAGACGAUUGAGCAGAUCACUGCUGGCGUCACGGUGGAGCGUUCAGCAGUAACUAAGCAGACUGUAGUUGAGGAAGAAGAGGACGAGGUGGAUGUGCCAUUCAAGCUCUCCCCCGUCCAGCAGCUCUUCUUCCACCUUGCGCCGGAAGGAGAGAACCGCGACAACAUCUCCUUCCUUCUGCGCUUGAAGCAAGAGGUCUCACAAAAGACCAUCGAGAAGGCGCUCAAGGACAUCGUCUCCCGCAAUUCCAUGCUGAGAGCCCGCUUUUUCGAACUGAGGCGUGGAAACUGGUUCCAGUAUAUUUCGGAGGACGCCCGCAGCUCAUUCCGACUAUGCUUCCACUCCAUCGAUGAUAUAUCUUCGGAGUUGAUGCCCAUCGUCAGGAGAGCACAGAGGACACUCGAUAUCAGAGAAGGCCCUCUCGUCCGUGUUGACCUUUUCUCCGUCCAGGGCGGACGCGAAUGGCUUCUUUUCCUCUGUGGUCACCAUCUCGUGACGGACUUCGUGUCCUGGCGCAUCAUUAUUCAAGAGCUCGAGGAGCACAUCCAAACGGGCACAAUCUCAUCGCCGAAGGGCUUUUCGUUCCAGCGAUGGUGCAAGGCGCAAGAGAAGCACAUUCGCAGCAUCCCUUACCCGGAGCUGCCAUUCGAAUUGCCGAAGCCUGACUUUGCAUUCUGGGGAAUGCAGGGCGAGGCCAACACUUACGGUGAUUCGACUACGGAGAUCGUCUUGCUCGACAAGGGACUCUCGUCAACCAUUGUUGGUGGCGCCUGCAACAGCCAGCUCAAGACCGAGGCAGUGGACAUGCUGUUGGCUGGUGUCAUGCACGCCUUCUCUCGCACGUUCCCCGAACGGAAGCUUCCUGCCUUUUUCAUGGAAGGUCACGGCCGCGAGCCUUCUUGGGACGAGUCGAUCGAUCUCUCGUCAACCGUCGGCUGGUUCACGACCAUCCUGCCCAUGCUGAUUGCCGAAGAUAGCGUUAAGAAUCCGGCCAAUGCUCUGCGCGCUGUACAAGCGCUCCGUGCCAAGUUCCCCGACAAGGGCCUUGCACAGUUCGCAGCGGCGUACUUUGGGCGUCAGCGUGCCGCCGCGCGUUUUGAUGGUGCUAUGGAAGUCACUUUCAACUACGCAGGCAUGUACCAGCAGCUGGAGAGGCGUGGCGGCCUCUUCCAAGAGGUUCCUGAGCAUACUCUCAUGCAUCUCGACGGCUUCGGACCAAACCUCCCGCGCUUCGGACUCGUUGAGAUUCUGGGCAAUGUUGAACACGGGCGCGUCAAGCUCUCGUUCACGUUCAAUAAGCUCAUGUCGAAACAGGACCGCGUGCGCUCGUGGAUGCAAGAAUGCCAAUACGCACUUCAGGAUAUGGUGACCCAGCUCGCACAGGCGCAGCGUGAGUUUCCGCUACUGAAGGCACCGGCUGCCGCGACGACGCACUUUUUGGAAAAGACGUUGCCGCAGCUUGGUGUGCGUGCUGAAGAUGUCGAGGACGUAUAUCCCUGCUCCCCGAUGCAGCACGGCAUGUUGCUGAGCCGAGCCAGCGAGCGCGGAAGCUACAUCUCGCAGCUGUUCUUCGAGGCCGGAGUCGAAGACGGCACAGUGGAGUUCGGGCGGCUUGAGCGAGCCUGGCAGGCAGUUGUGGAUCGCCACGCGGCCCUGCGGACCAUUGUAGUCGAAAGCCCCAGGGGUGAUGGCACCUUUGACCAGGUGGUGUUGCGACGCGCGUCGGCAGUGUUGAAGCUCGUGGACGGCAAACUGGAGCAGCAACCCGUCCCCACAUGGGCCCCGAACGAACCGGAACACCGUCUUUUUGUCUCGGCCCAGCCGGCCCGCCGUGCGAUGCUGCGCCUCGACAUCAGCCACGUACUGAUCGACGGCAGCUCGACGGCAGUGCUGAUCCGUGAUCUCAGGCAGGGAUACGACAGCCCCGACCAGCUGGCCAAUGACCGCCCGCUUUACAGCAGCUACAUUGAGCAUGUUUCGACUCUUUCGACCGACGCCGCGGUGGACUACUGGAAGCAGCAUCUAGCCGAUGCGGAGCCCUGCCACCUGCCCUUAUGGAGCGAAGAGCAAGACGGACGCCUUGAGUUCGCCGAUGUACCUGCCGUCAACACGGAACGCAUCACGGCCUUCUGCAGGCAGCACGGCGUCACACUGUCUGAUUUACUCAAGGUUGCCUGGAGUCUGGUGCUGCGCACCUACACUGGUAGCGCAAACCCAGUCUUCGGGUACCUGAGCAGUGGACGCGGAGCCGCGCACGACGACACGGUCGGCGUCUUUGCCAACAUCCUCGCGUGCCAUGCGCGCAUGCCGACCGAGGCUACCGUCUUGGAUGUCCUCGCCAAGGUACAAGAUGAUGGUCUCGAGCAAAUGCCGCACCAGGAGUGCUCCCUGACGGACGUCACGCACGCAUUGGGCCUCGCUGAUGUAGGCCGUGAGGGUCUGUUCAACACGGCCAUGUCACUGCAGAAGAUGGAGCAUGGCCAAGGCAAGUACGGACUGUCUGUCCGCAUAGCGCGCGAGGCGGACCCAACAGAGUAUAGCGCUACGUUCCUGGGCUACGUCUCAGAGUCGCGCAUUGAUCUUGCUGUCGAGUACUGGACGACGAAGAUCGCGCCGGCCCAGGCACGCAACAUCGCUGCUACUGUAUUCAAGGCUCUUCAGGUUAUCAUCGACACGCCGCAAACUCGUGUCGAGGAGCUUGAUCUGCUCACGGAGCAGGACAUGGCCAGCAUGAUGCGCUGGAAUGGCGCGCUGGAGUCAUGCCUCCCGGUCGAUUCUUGCAUCCACCAUAUCAUCCAGCAAGUCGCCAUGCAGCAACCGAGUCGUCCUGCUGUUCAUGCGUGGGAUGGCAGCCUAACGUACGCACAGCUUGACCAGCUGUCCUCGAAGCUGGCAGGUCACCUUCACGGUAUGGGUGUCGGUCCAGAAGGCGUCGUCGCCGUGUGCAUGGAAAAGUCGCUUUGGGUUGUUGUGUCGAUGCUCGCCGUGCUGAAGGCCGGAGGCGCAUUCGUCCCUCUCGACCCUGAGGCUCCAAUUGAGCGUCUCAUGCAGCUGGUCAAGGACAGUCGCGCACAGUUCGUUAUCACGUCGCCGAAGAAGGUUUCUCGCAUGCAGGGCCAUGUGGGGCAGCUCGUCGUCUCGCCCUCAUUCGUCACCAACCUGUCGAAGAGCACCUUCAAAGAAACUGUCAAGCCCGACAACCUCGCUUACGUACUGUUCACGUCUGGCUCAACGGGCACGCCUAAGGGCGUCAUGAUGCAGCACUCGCAAUUCCUCGCGAGCUCGAUGCACUACAGUCCGGUGCUGAAGCUGGGGCCGCACUCACGCGUUCUGCAAUUCUCAGCCUACACAUUCGACGCCAGCAUCUUCGAGCUCUGGAGCACGCUGACUUCGGGCGGCUGCAUCUGCCAGAUUUCAGAAGAGCAGCGCAUGAACGACGUUACGGGCGCCAUCAACAGCCUCGCCGCCGACACCAUGUUCAUGACGCCGACGAUGCUGAGCAUGAUGGACCCGCGCGACAUUCCGGGUAUUAAGACGGUCAUUGCCGGUGGCGAGACCUUCGACCCGUCUAUCUUCCGUACCUGGGCCCCGGCUACGCGCUUUGUCGAGGCGUACGGCCCUACCGAAACGGCUGUCUACGCUACCUUCCAGACAGAUAUUGGCCCAGACUCGGACCGCUACUGCAUUGGCCGCAGCUUCUGUUGCCGUGUGUGGGUCGUCAGCGUCGAUGGAAAGCACAUCAUGCCGAUUGGUGCGGCGGGCGAGCUCUGGCUUGAGGGUCCCAGUCUGGCACGCGGCUACAUGAACGGCGGUGCAAAGGCCGCUGCGGCGUUUGUUACGCGCCCGGAUUGGGUGCACCCAGAGCAGACGCGCCGGUUCUACCGUACGGGCGAUCUCGUCCGCUGCAAGCCUGAUGGCAGCCUGCAGUUCUGCGGGCGUAAGGAUACGCAGGUCAAGAUUCGCGGCCAGCGCGUCGAACUCUCUGAGAUCGAGGCGCAGGCGAAGCUUGCGCUGCCCAUGCCACUUUCCCUCGCUGCCGAGGUCGUCGCGGCCAAGCUGUACAUGCUUGUUGACGUGAACGGCGUGCGCGAGGACGAAGCCAAGGAGGCCCUCGCGGUGCUUGACGCGCAGCUCCCGAACCGUCUGCCGCGCUUCAUGAUCCCCUCGGCUAUCUUCCCCGUGUACGGCCCGUUCCCGCGCAUGUCGUCCGGCAAGCUCGACCGCAAGCAACUGCGCGUCAUGGUUGCGAAGCUGGCGGCUGAGCUGGCGGUGCAGCGGCCGAAGAAGCAUGAGCAUGUGCUUGAGAGAGAGGGCGAACAGCCCUCCGGCACGGAGAUUGAGAACACGGCGCGCCAGAUGCUCGCGCAGGUGUUGAGUCUGCCGUCGCCGGCCCAGAUCAGGCUGGAAGACAACUUCUUCCGCCUUGGUGGCGACUCGUUCCUCGCGAUGAAGCUGGUCGCUGCUGCCAGAGCGAGGGAUCUGCACCUCUCUGUCGCGGCUGUGCUGCGCAACCCUGUUGUGCGCGACCUCGCGCGGUGCAUGACCUCUGCGCCUACAGGCUCUGCUCCGGAUGCUCAAAUCUCGACUUCGACGCCCUUCCAGCUCCUCGACACCUCUGCUGCUGACACGGAGGCUAUCCGCUCCGAGGCCGUUGAGGCUUGCCGUCUGGCUUCUGUUGAUGACAUUGAGGACAUUUAUCCCACGACACCGCUGCAGGAGGCUUUUAUGGCGGAGUCGGCCAAGCGGCCCACGGCCUACACGGGCCAGCACGUCAUCACGCUGCCCUUAGGCGUCGACAUGGCACGCUUCCGCGCGGCGUGGGCGCGUCUUGUGGCCGACACGCCGGUGCUGCGCACGCAGAUCAUGCAGACUGUUCGCACGAAGCCAGUGCGCCUGCUGCAGGUGGUGCUGCGGACUGUGUCGCCCGAAUGGGAAGAGGGCAACAGCGCCUCAGGCCUGCAGGCGUACCUGGAGAAGGCGAAGCGCGCAACUGCUGCCAUGGAGGUUAGGUAUGGGCGUCCCCUUGCGAGGACGGCGCUCGUGCAGGACAAGGCCAGCGGCCGGACGUGCUUCGUCUGGAUCGCGCACCACUGCCUCUACGACGGGUGGUCGCUCGCGCUGAUGCUGCAGCGCCUGCACGCCGCGUAUGCCUCGACGGCGCCACUGGCCCCAACACCCAGCUUCGGCGCUUACGUCGCCUACCUGGCUGAGCUGCGCAAGGCGGGCAAGGCAGCCAGAUACUGGACCAAGGUGCUCUCGAGCGCACCGGCGCCUACCUUCCCCCCGUCCUCAGUGACAGGCAUCGCGGACACGGUCGCCAAGUUCCAGCUCCGCAUGCCCAGCAGCAGCAGCGACGUGACAGCAACAACAGCACUGCGCACGGCGUGGGCGCUCCUGGCCGCCAACGGCGCCGAUGACGUCGUCUUCGGCUCCAUCGUCAACGGGCGCAGCGCCCCACUCGCCGGCGUCGAGGCCAUCGCGGGCCCGACCAUCGCCGCCAUCCCCGUGCGCGUCAAUCUCGGCCCCAAGAGUGGCUCGCUCCGCGAGCUGCUGCUGCGCGUCCAGUCGCAGGCUGCGGAACGCAUCCCGUAUGAGGCGCUGGGCUUGCAGCAGAUUGCCGCGCUGGGACGGGACGCGGCGCGCGCGUGCGCGUUCCGCAAUCUUUUUGUCGUGCAGCCUGCGCGUGGUGCCGAGGGCCUGGCGUUCGAGGUCGAGUCUAGCGCUGUCGAGAUUGAGGGCUCGUAUAGCUAUCCUCUGACGGUUGUGGCCGAGGUGUUGGAUGCAGAGGGGAUGGUCGAGCUCGAGGUCACGUAUGCGUCUGCCGCUCUGUCUGCCAGGCAGGUUGAGGGCAUGGUCCGCCGGUUCGAGGACGUGCUGCUGGCUCUAACGAGCGAGAACAAGGACCUGACUGUCGCGGAUGUGGCUGCGCGAGCAGUGGACGCCACUGCUGAGGCUGGCGCGCCGGCCCCAGAGCAAGAAGAAGACGCCAUGGAAGACGAGGCUCCCCGCCACGCAGACCGCCUGACGCCAAUGGAGCACCUCCUCCGCAGCCUCUGGGCCGAAGCUCUCGGCCUCGACGACGCAGACGCCAUCACCCAGUCCGACGACUUCUUCAGCCUGGACGGCGACUCCAUCACCGCGAUGCAGUUGUCUGGCAUCGCGAAACGCGAGGGCUUCACGCUCCGUGUCAUCGACAUCAUGGAGAAGCCUGCGCUGUGGAAGAUGGCGCUCGCGAUGACGCAGCUGGCGAGCUCUUCGCCUGCUGUUGGGGGUGAGAGGGAAGACGAGGAAGCAGACGCUGCGCCUUUCUCUCUGCUGCCCGCUGACGAGGACCCUGCCGCUUUGCUACGCACGGCUGCGGCUGAUGCCAAGGUCUCGCCCGCUGCCGUCGAGGAUAUGUAUCUCGCGACGCCGCUGCAGGCGGGGCUCCUUACUGCCGCUGACACGCAGGCUGGCGCAUAUGUCGCGCGUCUGGUCGUCGAUCUGCCUACGGACUUUGACAUCGAGCGCUUCAAGGCCGCGUGGGACGCCGUCGUGGCUACCCACCCUAUCCUGCGCACCCGUGUCGUCCACCUCGGCGAGGCAGGCAUGUUCCAGUUGGUGCUGAAGCCCGCGCACGCCCGCAUCCAGUGGCAGCGCAGCGCGGACCUCGGCGCCUACGUCGCGCGCGACAGGCAGGAAGCAAUAGGCUUCGGGACGGCGCUCGUGCGGUGGGCCAUCGUCAACACCGGCGACCGCACGCACUUUGUAUGGACCGCGCACCACGCGGCCUACGACGGCGCCACCGUGGCGCUUCUCUCCGAGGCCGUCAGCCGCGCCUACGCCGGCGCCCCGGCUCCCACGCCCCCGCCCUUCGCCCGCUUCGUCAAGUACCUCGCCGCGCAGGACGGCGCCGCGUCAGACGCCUUCUGGCGGGCCUACCUGGCCGGCACGCGCGCAAUGCCCUUCCCGCUCCCCCGCGCGCUGGACUACACGCCGCGCGCAUCGGGCAAGGCCACGCGCACCAUGGCGCUGGGCAGCGCUCUCCGCGCCUUGGGCACCACGACCGCGACGCUCAUCCAGACGGCGUGGGCGUACGUCCUAGCGCGGCACUCCGGGGCCGACGACGUCGUGCUCGGCGUCGCGCACUCGGGCCGCUUGGUCCCCGUGCCGGGCGUGGCGGGCAUACCGGGCCCGCUGGUCGCGACGGCGCCGCUGCGCGUCGUGUUCGAUGCGGAUGAGAGUCUGGCCAGCACGCUCGAGCGCGUGCAGGCGGCCCAGGUGGCUGCGAUCGCGCACUACCACCGCGGCAUGGGGCUGAUCAAGCGCGCGAGCGAGGACGCAAAGGCCGCGUGCGAGUUGCGGUCGCUGCUGACGCUGUUCCCGGCCUCGAAGAAUGAAGCCGAGGCUGAGGCCAGGCCGUUUGAUUUCGCAAUGGGGAGCGUGCUCCCCGACGCCGAGGGCGAGUUCCACACGUACCCGCUGCUCGCGGAGGCCGAGUUCUCGGACAAGGUCGUCAGGGUUACCGCGACGCACGAUGAGCGCCUUAUCCCUGCGGGACAGGCGCAGCAGAUGCUGCUGCAGAUGGAGAGGGUGCUGCAGCAGCUUGGGGAGGCGAAGACGGUGCGUGAGCUUGACGUGUUCACGAAGGAAGAGUAUGCCGCGCUGAGGGAGGCGGGCGUGCGCGCUGUGCUGGGCGAUGCUCACCCCGUGCUCCAAGGCGCCAAGUCAGCGUGGGUCGUCGACCUCCGCAGCAGCGACAUGCUGGCGUCCAAGGGCGUGAUGGGCGAGCUCGUCAUCGAGAAGAAGAACAACAACAGCAACAACAACAGCGCCUGCAUCCGCCCCUCCUGGCUCAGCAAAGCCGGCCUCGCCACGACCGCCCAAGUCGAAACGACCGAUCUCCUCGCGCGCAUCGACGCAACAACCAACGCGCUGGAGAUCGUCGGCCCCAAAGCCGACCUCAUCGAGGUCUCGGGCCGGCGCUUCCUGGCCACCGACGUCGAGCGCAUCGUCAGCGCCGCCAUGUGGGGCCGCGCCAUCGCGGUGCAGCCUGUCGAGCACGGGCGGAAGCUGGCGGCCUUUGUCGCGCUCGAGCACUGCUACACGGGCGAGGAGGCGGCGCGCGCGUUCGUGGCCGCGCUCAGUGCUGGUGUGGCAGAGCGGCUGGCGCGCGUGCUGCCGGCUUUUAUGGUGCCGGUUGAGUUUGUGCCUGUGCGGAGCUUGCCGGCUGAGAGGGGGGAGCUGGCUGUCUUGUGUGAGGAGAAGGAGCAGAAUGGAGAGAAGGAUGGUAAAGAGGUGGAAGCAAUGAAGGAUGCUGCGCGUGCUGUGUCGGAUAUGGAGAGUCGGCUGUUGGGGCUGUGGGAGACGGUGCUCAAGCUCGAUGGCCUCGACGUCAACGACAGCUUCCUGCGCCUCGGCGGCGACUCGCUCGACGCCAUGCAGUUGGCUGCGGCGGCGCGUCGGCAGGGCGUCGUCUUGACUGUCAAGAACAUCUUCGACCACCCCAUCCUGGCGGAUAUGGCGCAGGUGGCGCAGCUAAAAGAGGAGGACGACAGCAAGCCGCAGGAGGCGGCGGCGCCGUUCGUGCUCCUGGGCGAAGACGCAUCCAGCGCUGCCCAGGAGGUCGCGGCGGCGUGCGAGAUUGACGCCCAGAGCGUCGAGGACGCGUAUCCAUGCACUGCGCUGCAGGAGGGAUUGAUGGCGCUGUCGAACGUCGAGACGGGCGCGUACGUCGCCGAGUGCGUCGUGCCGGUCCCCGACCCGGAGAGGCUCAAGGCAGCGUGGACGACGCUGGUGGCUACGACGCCGAUUCUGCGCACCAGGAUCGUCCACACGGACCGCUGGGGCUGUGUGCAGGUCGUGGUCAGGGAAGAGGGCGAAUUGCAGACCGGAGACAACUUGACCGAGUACUUGGACGAGGCUCGCGCCGCGCCCAUGAUGCCGGGCAGCCGCCUGGUCCGCGCCGGCUGCAUCACAGAGAACGGGACGGCGAACCUUGUCCUGCUUGUCCACCACGCUCUAUUCGACGGCUGGGCAUGGAAGCUGCUCCUGCAGCGCCUGCACCAGCUUUACCAGGGCGAGACGCCGCCGCCCCCACCGCCCUACAGCCGCUUCAUCGAGUACCUGGCCCACGACGCGCAGGUGGCGGGCGCCGAGGACUUCUGGCGCCUGUACCUCGAGGGCGCGGACCGCACCGUCUUCCCGCACAUGCCGUCGAGCGUGCAGCGGCCCGAAGCCACGUCGCACGCCUCGCGCCACAUCGAGCUCGCCAGAAACGACGUGACGGCGAGCUUCACGACGAACGCGAUUGUGCAGACGGCGUGGGCGCUGCUGGUCGGCUGCUACACCGACUCCAAGGACGUGGUGCUCGGCGUGACGCUGUCGGGGCGCACAGCGCCCGUCGACGGCAUCGAAGACAUGGCGGGCCCGACCUUCACGACGAUCCCGACGCGCUUCAGCCUCGGUGGCGAGCGCUCGGUGGGCGAGCUUCUGCGCGACGCCCAAGCGCUGGCCGUCAACCCGGCGCAGCAUAUCGGCCUGCAGCGCAUCCGGGCGACGAGCCCGAGCGCGUACGCCGCGUGCGACUUCAACAGCUUGCUGGUCGUGCAGCCGGCCAGCAGCGACGAGGAAAACGACAACUUCUUCCUCAGCGAAAACGACUCGCACCUCGUGUCUGGCUUCACAAACUACAGCCUCGUGCUGCUGUGCCAGAUGCUGCCCGGCGGCGCCAUCGAGGCGAGCAUCGUCUUCGAUCCCAGAGUCCUGGCGCCCAGACAGGCGGGCCGUUUGCUUGCCCAGUUCGAGCAUGUCUUGCACCAGCUGAGCAGCGAGGACCUGCUUGCUGGCCUGACUAGCUUCAUUAGCCCCGAGGACCGCGCUGAGAUCGGCCUGCUUAACGCCUUGCCUGCGUCGCUGCCCGAUACCAACGCUUGCCUUCACGAGGUGGUGGCGCGCCAUGCGCGUACUCGCCCCUACGCCCCCGCUGUCUGCUCUUGGGACGGCGACUUCAGCUACGGCGAGCUUGACGCUCUGGCCGGAGGCCUUGCGAACUACUUGGCUAUGACCAAGGGCAUCCGGCCGGGCCAGACGGUGCCGCUUUGCUUCGAGAAGACCAAGUGGACCGCCGUUGCGAUGCUGGGCGUGCUCAAGGCUGGAGCGGCCUUUGUCCUUCUCGACCCCGCUUACCCGGUCACCAGGCUCGAGACCAUCUGCCGCAAGGUGAAGGCUGGUCUCGCCGUCGUUUCGCCUGGACUCUGUCAACGCCUGGCGGGCGCGGUUCGGGAAAGCUUCGUCAUGGAUGCGGACGCAGCUGCUAAGCUCACAGGGUCUUGUACCUCGUUCGAGGUCAUGCCGACGGAUGCUGCGUACGUCAUCACGACAUCCGGUUCGUCGGGCGAGCCCAAGGCCUGCAUCAUCGAACACCGGUCCAUCGUGGCCGGUGCCUUGGGCUUCGCAGCCGCGGCACACCUGGAUGGCAACACGCGGGCCAUGCAGUUUGCGUCGUACAGCUUCGACCUGUCGGUGCUGGAGACGAUCAUGGUGUGGGCCGCGGGCGGGUGCAGCUGCAUCCUGUCCGAAGACGAGCGCAAGAACGACUUUGAGCGCGCCAUCAACGCGCGCCGCAUCAACUGGGCGCUCAUGACGCCGUCGCUUGCGAACCUCGUGCGCCCUGCGUCUGUCCCGAUGUUGAAGACGCUGGUUGUGGGCGGCGAGGCGGCUACGGCCGAGCUCAUCAACACCUGGUCCGAGCAUGUCAGUCUCCUGCAGGCCUACGGGCCCUGCGAAUGCACGCCCGUGGCGUGCUGUUCGGUCCGCCCGCUCGCGAGAGGCACCAACCCCCGCGACAUUGGCGCAGCGCUGCCCGGCGUGCGAGCGUGGGUCGUCGACCCCAGCGACGCGGACAGGCUGGCGCCGAUGGGCAGUGCGGGCGAGCUUGUAGUCGAAGGCCCGACUGUGGGCCGGGGCUACAUCAACGAGCCGGAGAAGGAGAAGCAGGCCUUUGUCGCGGCGCCUGCGUGGCGAAAGGACUUCCCUGGCCCUGUGCACCGCUUCUACAUGACGGGCGAUCUCGUCCAGUAUAGUGCGGAUGGCACGAUUGAGUUUGUGGGCCGCAAGGACUCGCAGGUCAAGCUGAGAGGGCAGCGGCUCGAGCUCGCGGAGAUUGAGCACCAUCUUAAGCGCUCGAUGGCGAUGCCAAAGGACGUGGCUGUGGAGCUGCUGAUCCCGCAGAACAAGGGCGCGGCUGGCGCUGUUCUGGCUGCGUUUGUGGCGGUUGGCGAGGACAAGGACAAGACAAAGCACCUCGACGCGGCCCUCGGCGACGCCAAGAGCAAGCUCACGCAGCUGCUGCCCUCGCACAUGGUGCCGCGGCUGUUCGUGCCGCUGCCGCGCCUCCCGCUCCUCGUCUCGGGCAAGGUCGACCGCAAGGCGCUGCGCCAGAUGUCCUCGCAGAUUGAUCUGGCGGCCACGGACGCGCUGACGGCUCCUCGUCGCGCCGUUGCCCCCGGCAUGGAGAUGACGCUGCAGUCGCUGUGGGUGCGCGUCAUGAGCCUCGAGGUCGGGCGCGUGCACCCGGACGCCGACUUCUUCGAGGAGGGCGGCGACUCGCUCGUCGCGAUGCGGUUGGCGGCAAAGGCACGACAGGCCGGCGUCGGGCUCAGCGUGGCCGACGUCAUGCGCAACCCGGGCUUUGCGGCCAUGGCUGCGUGCUGCAAGCCGGUUGUGGCGGCGGAGCCGAUGCCGGUGUUCAAGCCGUUCGAGUCGGUCGAGGAUGUGCUGGAUGUGGAUGGCCUUUUGGGAGAGGCGCUGGGAGCCAGCAGGGAGGAGAUUGAGGACGUGGUCGAGGCGACGUCGAUGCAGAAGACCAUGACGACUGUGUCGAUGCUGCAGAGCCAGGGAACGGUCAACCACGUCUGGCUCGACUUUGUCGACGGCAUCGAUGCGCAGAGAGUCAAGGAGGCGUGCGCGCAGAUUGUAGCGCACCACGCCAUCCUACGCACCGUCUUCGUGCCGCACAUGGGCCGCCUGUUCCAGGUCGUGUACCGCGAGCGGGCCGUCGACGUCGAGGAUCGCACCGUCGACGACAUGGACACGGCCACGGCCGCCGUGGUCGAGGAGAGCAAGCUGCGCCGCGAGCGCUUCGGCACCUUCGGGAUGCGCUUCACGCUGCUGCACCAGCAGGACAGCCAUGCCGCCCGCCUCGUCAUCCGCACCCCGCACGCCCUCUACGACGGCGUCAGCCUGCCCCUCGUGCUCGAGCACCUGCGCCUCGCCUACGCGCGCACCCAACCCCUCCCCCCGGCCCAGAGCUUCGCGACGUACCUGCGCGCGUGGCGGUACCUGCAAGCCUCCUCGGGCGCGGAAGCCUUCUGGCAGGCCCAGCUCGCCGGGUCCAGCAUGACGGAGCUGGUGGCGCCGACGGCGGUGCCCUUUACGGCCGUCGUCAACCAGCACAUGGUGCGGAAGGUGCCGCUGGCACUGUUCGCGCGCUGCAAGCACAGCCCCGAAACCGUGCUGCAUGCCGCGUGGGCGCUCGCGCUGGCCCAGGCCACCGGCAAGACGGACGUCGUAUUUGGCCGCGGCGUCGCGAACCGCGGCGUCCCGAUCGAGGGCGCCGACAGCGUCGUCGGGCCUUGCUUGAACACGGUGCCGGUGCGCGUGAGGCUGGGCGAGGAGGCCAUGACUGCCAAAGACCUCCUCACAGCCCUGCACGACGCGCACCUCGCCUCCCUCCCCCACGAACACCUCGAGACGGGCCGCCUCGUCGCCUCCAGCACCGCCUGGCCCCGCGGCCCGCGCUUCGCCUCCGUCCUCGUGCACAACGCGAUUGCGGGCGCGGCGCUGUUCGACGAGGGCAAGCUGCCGCCGUUUGCGGGCGAGAGGGAAUGCAAGCUCGGCUGGGCUGUCGCCCCCUGGGACGCGGCCGAUUUGCAGCUCACGAGCACGCCUGACCGCGGGGAGAUGCGCGUCGAUGCGUUGUGCGCCGACGACGUCGUCCCCGUUGCGCUGGCUAAACGCCUGCUGGACGCGCUGUGCGCGAACGUGCGCGCGCUGUGCGAGAGCCCCGAGGGCAGCGUGGCGGCGCUGCUGGCUGCUGCCACUACUACCACUACCACGACCACUGCGGCUGCGGCUGCGGCUGGGACAGCCCUCGCCGUCCCCCCGCGCCGCCCCCUCACCGCCUCCUCCACGGCCGCCACGUCCCCGAUCCUCUCCUCCCCCCUCACCCAGUCCAGCUACGAAGUCCUCUCGGUAGGCUCGUGGAGCUCGUCGCAGGAGGAGCUGUCCUGCCUCGGCCCUGCGGCGUGGACGAGCCAUCUGCUGCCUGCAUCUAACGAGAGGGGGGGCAUGCAGAGCGAGGAGGCGGUUGCGGCUGCGAGGGCGGCGCUGAGGGCUGUUGGUGAGAGCGAGGGCGGGGAUGAGGCGUUCAGAGCUGCGGAGCUGGCGUGGUACUGUGCGGAGCGCGGGUGGGAUUUGGGCGUUGAGGACGUGCUGGGGUUGGGGCUGGGGCUUGGUGUGGGGAUGAUGGGGUUGGGUCUAGGGAUUGGGAUGGGGGUUGAGGGGUUGGCGGGCGUGUUGGAACGGAGGGGACGGAGGGUCGGUGUCCUUUGAGAGUGCGUUGGCUUUGAGAGUUCUUUUUGUUUUGUCUAAGAAGUAACAAACAUAGGUAUAGGUGUAGGGGUUUGGAUUUGGCUUUUUUGGGUAGGAGUUGGGCUUGGUGUU